AUGUGGAAGGGGGACCUGCCAAAGCCGCCAGUAGGGAGUUUUGAGAAAUGCAUCAAGUGCCAGAAACAGUUCACGGUGACGCAAUACACUUUAGCUGCGGACCCGCCUCCGGGAUGGCUCUGCCAUAUGUGCGCAAAGGCGUCGGGAAACGACCCGUUCAAGAAGCCUGCCGCGCCGCGCAAGCGAAAAGCCCCCGCCGACAAACGCGUAGUAGUCAACUUUGAGGAGAGGAAAUUUCCUAGUCUGGCGUCAGUCUGUAUUGAGCUCAUUAGCAAGCACAUUGACGAUAUCGAGGCGUUAGGGGACGUAGGAGGCAUCAAUAUGGACGCCAUAGCGAAAGCAAUAUCCCGAAAUAGAAGCCUUACACCACAUAAUGCACCCCUAUUUUACGACUCUGAACAGACUCACCUCACUCUGUAUGAUGUUACCAAUCUGACGCCGCCCGCAUUCUGCACGUUGGCAGCGUUCAAUCGAAACUUGACGCAUUUACGUCUUGAUCUGUGUGGUCGCAUUGAUGACACAGUUAUCGACCUUUGGUCAACAGGAUUCCCGAGUCUCGUGCGUGUCGAGCUUCUGGGGCCCUUCCUUGUACGUGCGGCUGGAUGGAAGAAGUUCUUCAAGGCACAUACCACUCUAGAAGGAUUCCUCAUCACUCAGAGCCCGAGAUUCGAUCUGGAGUGCAUGCAAGUGCUUGUGGAAAGCUGUUCGGGCCUCAAGGAACUGCGAUUGAAGGAGAUUGGGAAGAUAACGGACGCCUUCCUUGAACUUCUGAAACCGCUUGCUGGCACGCUUGUUUCGCUGGAUCUAUCGUACCCAAGCGAUCCCGAAGCGCUCGGCGAGCGAGCAUUGAUCGACCUCAUGCGUGCGGUUGGCGCGUCAUUGACCCAUCUCGACCUGUCUGGCAAUGUUGAUAUUGGUGACGCCUUCCUGUUCCAGGGGCUUAAGCCACAUGCAAGACGGCUGACGUCGCUGACACUCGCACGAACGCCCGAUCUCACUGAUGCUGGCGUCGUUGAGUUCUUCGAUACUUGGCCAGCCGCCGCCGAGAAGGACGGUGAAGCGCCUAACCCGCCGCUUUCCGUUAUUGACCUCUCCCGUAAUCACCGUCUCACAGGCGACGCAUUGCUCGCGCUCCUUAAGCACUCGGGUUUGUCGCUAACAGAUCUCAACAUCAAUGGUUGGAAGGAAACCUCCCAGGAAGCCCUCGUUCAGAUUGCGGAGUAUGCCCAGGACCUCCAGAAGCUUGACGCAGGCUGGUGCCGUGAGGUCGAUGACUGGGUUAUCAAGGAUCUUCUGCAGAAAUGCGAUCGGCUCGAGGAGAUCAAUAUCUGGGGUUGCCAGCGGCUCACGCAAAGCUGCACACGUAAAAGGGGCGUAAAUAUCUAUGGUCUAGAAUUGCAUAAUGUCUUCUGA